AACAACAAUCACUGACGUCACCAAUUUCUGUUUCACCGCGGGGAAGAGUGUUUAAGGUAAAUUUUUGCUGUUUUUUCGUAUCUUAUCGAUACUUUCUUUGUUUUGUUUUGUCUGUACUUUCUUAAGGACCGAUUAAGCAUUUUUUCAUAAAUCUGUGUUUUAUAUUAUCCUUUAACCUAUCGGACCAUUAAAAUUCAGGUUUGCCUAAUCAAUAACUACGCCCGUCGGUAUAAAAUCAUCCGUACUUUUCAGUUAACAUUACAUCUGAACCAUGUUGAGUGAUAAAAAAAAAAGUUGUAACUGAUAAAGAGCGUAUUACCCUUUUCCAGGUGUAGGAAAACGAUACUAUAAUAAUGUUUGUGGAACAGUUGAUGCUUAGAAUCCAUUGUUUAAUGGAGAUGGAUUUUUUUUGUUGUCUAGGCUAUAGAUUUUUUAAUAGUUUAUAAGUCAAUAAAGGCGAUUGACCGAACGAAUUGUUUUGCUCUGAAAAAAGGAAAGAAAGCGUGACAAAGUGGUAUUUUCGAUGAUGCAUCGCGAAAAUAUCCCGUUUAUUCAACGUGGUGUUAAUAAGCCAUAUACUUGAAAGGGGUGUAAAAGAGGAAACAACUUAUACGUAUAAACUAAUAUCGAGUGGUAUAGGGAGAAGGGUAGAACCAAAAAGAGACAAAAAAAACUGUAUAAUUUAUUCAGCAGGUGGGCGUUUGCGGUAAAUUGAGUGCACCUUCUGACGAGUUUGUCAUUUCAUGAUAGAGCCAAUGUAUACGCUAUCAAUAACCGGCGAGUUUUAAAGAUACACUUUUCGACCUUUAGCUCUGCUUGUUCUUUGUAAGGAUAGAGCUUAUUUUUUUGCCAAGAUUAACUGAUUAUUUUCACUUAGUUGUUCUUAGGCGAAAAUCAAACCAAUUAUUAAACGUUCUUCGAAUAAAGAAAGAUUUGCUGAUAAUAGAUUGUCUAACUUACUGACUGCGUAACCUAUUUACCGCUUUUUAUGUAAAUAAAACAUAUUUCUGCAGGCAGUCGAUAAGAGAUGAGAGAAUAUAAACUUGUUGUACUUGGCAGCGGUGGAGUUGGAAAGAGUGCAUUGACAGUACAGUUCGUCCAAGGAAUAUUCGUUGAAAAAUAUGACCCGACUAUAGAAGACUCCUACAGAAAACAUGUCGAAAUUGACGGGCAGCAAUGUAUGCUUGAAAUACUUGAUACUGCAGGAACUGAACAAUUUACGGCCAUGAGAGAUUUGUAUAUGAAAAAUGGACAAGGUUUCCUUCUAGUUUAUAGUAUAACAGCACAAUCGACUUUUGAUGACUUAGAAGACUUGAGGGAACAAAUAUUAAGGGUAAAAGACACGGAUGACGUCCCAAUGGUACUUGUGGGCAAUAAAUGCGAUUUAGAAGACGAAAGAAUGGUUGGAUAUGCCCAAGGAAAGGAAAGAGCUACCAAGUUUAACUGUCAUUUUAUAGAAACGUCAGCCAAAUCGAAAAUAAACGUCGACAAGGUAUGA